AUGGGGUCACUGUGAGUCUAAAUCAACUCUAUGGCCCCUAAAAAUAACAACAAUUUCUAAAUUGCUUAUUGGUCAGUUUUUCCUUGCAGUAUAAAUUUUGUUCUAAAAUAUAUUUCAUACUUCUUCACCUUCUUAAGUACAGCAAAUUGAAAAUAAUUCAACUUUUUCUUUAUGAUUCAGGUUGUUAUGAGCAUCAUUUAUUGUUCUCUGCAGUAAUGGAAGACUGUGGGGUUUUUCCCUUGUGAAAAAGCCACAUAGCGCUUCGAGAUCUUGUGUAUGUAUUGUGCCCUUUUAAAUCUACCUGUCUCUAAUUCCUGACACAUUUUGCUUAGCAGCCUCUUCUAAAUGCUAAAGAUUUUGAAGACAUAUUACCAUUCCUUUUCUCAUUGUAUGUAAAACAGGAGGACACAGGUUCCAAAUAUUGACUCAUGGUGGACCUGGCUCAUACAGCCUUAAUAAACAUUUAUUGAUUGAAUGGAUGUGGUAGUAUUUGUAAAGUUGUCAAAUGUGUCCUCUUUCAUAAUCUUUUGAUGAGGAGAGAUAUUCACAGAAGAUAGGUAGCUGAUUGGUAUUUGCCAAAGAUAAUUAUUGUAAAAUCUUAAAAUUUAAGAACCUAAAGGUACCUCAAUAAGAAUAUAUGCAGGGCUAUAAAUCCGUAACCAACCUUUAUGUGACUAAGAUCCAUGCCAUUUGCUGCCACGUCAGAAAGAAAAACACAGCUGUCAAGGGAGUUCCUUCCUUCCUUCUGCUAACAAUUUUUUCUUUAUAACUCCUGUAGCUGCUGUAUGUUUGCUGAACUCAAAGCUUCAAAGAAAUGAAAAGUACUUCCUCACAACGGAAUGUUGGUGUAAAAACAGGUUGUGGGAGCGGUGUCUCUGGCCUCCAUAUUUAAAUGUGCAAAGCUUUUUUGCACAUUGGCCACUAGCUGUAGUUUUUACAUUGUCUCCUGUAAAAAAUCUUGAUGUACUAGUGAAAAUAUAUCACACUGGUGUAAAAAGAAUGAUGGACUUUGGAGUUGGAUCAAUCUGUCUUCAAUCCAUUAUAGUACCUUUCCCUGCCCUACCAUAUAUGACUGUUGGGAAUAUCUUCAAAUACUAUGAAAAGGGAAGCAAAAUCCUCCACCUCUUAUUGAGAUAAACCUGGCUUUUUGCCUGUAAGAUCACUGAUAAGUUUGGUUGUUUGAUAGAGAUUUAUAGCUCAUGUGGUCAGGUAUAGGCCUUGCUUUUAUAUUUUUAAUGCCUUUUAAAUUCAGAGCCCUGUUCUAAAGUGAACUCCAGUAUAGUGGGAAGACCAGGAGGAGCAGUGAAGAGGUUGUCCUUAAAAUGCACCAUGGGAGGUGAAAAUCAUCCAGAUGUAGUUCAGACAUUUGCAUUGAAGGUAUGAGUGGAAGUUACUCCAGACUAGCAUCUCUUUCCUCUGGCAACUCCAAGAUGUUAGAAUGGGCAAAGGCAGAGGAGUUUUAUCUGUAGUCAGCCAACAUCACCAGAUCAUUAUAGCGCAUAUUAUCAAAGCAGCCAUCCAGCUUUAUUUAAUGUUGUUCUUAUUCCCAUUUUUUAAAAUAGAUUUUUUUUAAAUAGGCUGUGGUAUUCACCAAGGUCCAGGCAAGGCUAUCAUCUGUACUUAACAAAGCUCGCUCUAAAAUCACUUAGUUGAGCUGAUGCCAGUUUCUUAAUGGUUACAACAAAGAUAGUUUCUUCUCAAAGUGGAACUUCGUGAAGGACUGGUAUAUAAUUUGACUCCUCCAAUCUAGCAGUCUGGGGAUAGCAGGAACUUCAUUUCAUCCCUUAGGUGGAUUCACCAAUGAACUUGAAGCAUCCCCAUGAUUUAGUCAUAUUAAUGAGACAAGAAACAACUGUUAACUACCUCAGAGAAUUAGAGAAGCAAUUAGUUGCUCAGAAAAUUCACAUAGAAGAAAAUGAGGACAGAGACACAGGACUGGAACAGAGACAUAAUAAAGAAGAUCCAGACUGCAUCAAAGCCAAGGUGCCCUUAGGUGACCUGGAUCUGUAUGAUGGCACAUACAUAACUUUGGAGAGCAAAGAUAUCAGCCCUGAAGAUUAUAUAGACACAGAAUCUCCUGUCCCUCCAGACCCUGAGCAACCUGACUGUACUAAAAUUCUAGAACUUCCAUAUAGUAUACAUGCUUUUCAGCACUUAAGAGGUGUACAAGAGAGAGUUAAUCUUUCUACACCUCUAUUGCCUAAAGAAGAUCCAGUCUUCACAUAUUUAUCUAAACGGUUAGGAAGAAGUAUAGAUGACAUAGGUCACCUCAUUCAUGAAGGCCUACGGAAGAACGCUUCCUCAUGGGUGUUGUAUAACAUGGCUUCAUUUUAUUGGAGAAUAAAGAAUGAGCCAUAUCAGGUAGUGGAAUGUGCCAUGCGAGCACUUCACUUCUCUUCCAGGCACAAUAAAGACAUUGCCCUGGUCAACUUGGCAAACGUUUUGCACAGAGCACACUUCUCUGCUGAUGCUGCUGUCGUGGUCCACGCAGCCCUGGAUGACAGCGACUUCUUCACCAGCUAUUACACUUUGGGGAAUAUAUAUGCAAUGCUUGGGGAAUAUAACCACUCAGUGCUUUGUUAUGACCAUGCUUUGCAGGCCAAACCUGGCUUUGAGCAAGCUAUAAAGAGGAAGCACGCUGUCCUUUGUCAACAAAAACUUGAGCAGAAAUUGGAGGCUCAACAUAGAUCCCUCCAGCGAACACUGAAUGAGUUGAAAGAGUAUCAAAAACAGCAUGACCACUACCUGAGACAGCAGGAGAUCCUAGAAAAACAUAAGUUGAUUCAGGAGGAGCAAAUCUUAAGAAAUAUUAUCCAUGAGACUCAGAUGGCAAAAGAGGCACAAUUAGGAAAUCAUCAAAUAUGCCGUCUGGUCAACCAGCAGCAUAGUUUACAUUGCCAGUGGGAUCAGCCUGUGCGCUACCAUCGUGGCGAUAUCUUUGAAAAUGUGGACUAUGUUCAGUUUGGGGAGGAUUCAUCAACUUCUAGUAUGGUGUCUGUGAAGUUUGAUGUUCAGGCAAAUCAGAGUGAUAUCAGUGAUUCAGUCAAGUCUUCUCCUGUAGCCCAUUCUAUUCUCUGGAUCUGGGGCAGGGACUCUGAUGCAUAUAGGGACAAACAGCAUGUUCUGUGGCCUAAAAGAGCAGACUGUGCAGAAAGCUACCCUAGAGUCCCUGUUGGUGGGGAAUUGCCAACCUAUUUUCUGCCACCGGAAAACAAAGGACUCAGGAUCCACGAACUCAACAGUGAUGAUUAUUCUUCAGAAGAAGAGGCCCAAACCCCAGACUGUUCCAUAAAUGACUUCAGAAAAAGCCAGACUCUGUCCUACUUAGUCAAAGAAUUAGAGGUCCGCAUGGAUCUGAAAGCCAAAAUGCCAGAUGACCAUGCACGAAAAAUUUUGCUUUCCCGUAUUAAUAACUAUACUAUCCCAGAAGAAGAAAUUGGGUCUUUCUUAUUUCAUGCUAUUAACAAGCCAAAUGCUCCUGUGUGGCUCAUCCUCAAUGAAGCAGGACUCUACUGGAGAGCGGUAGGAAAUAGCACUUUUGCAAUCGCCUGUCUUCAAAGAGCUUUGAAUUUAGCUCCGCUUCAAUACCAAGACAUUCCUCUUGUGAACUUGGCCAACCUUUUGAUUCACUAUGGCCUUCAUCUUGAUGCCACUAAGCUGCUCCUUCAAGCUUUGGUCAUCAAUAGCUCUGAGCCCCUGACCUUUUUGAGCCUGGGAAAUGCUUACCUUGCUCUGAAGAAUAUCAGUGGGGCGCUUGAAGCCUUUAGACAGGCUUUAAAAUUAACUACCAAAUGCCCAGAGUGUGAAAGCAGCCUGAAAUUGAUCCGCUGUAUGCAGUUUUAUCCUUUUCUGUACAACAUCACUUCAUCCGUUUGCAGUGGUAAUUGUCAUGAGAAAACCCUGGACAACAGCCAUGACAAACAGAAAUAUUUUGACAACUCACUGUCACUGGAUGCUGCUGAAGAAGAGCCCUCUGAGAGAGGAACAGAGGAGGACCCUGUACUUUCUGUUGAGAAUUCAGGGAGGGACUCAGAUGCCCUUAGACUUGAAAGUACAGUGGUUGAGGAAAGUAAUGGUUCUGAUGAGAUGGAGAAUUCAGAUGAAACAAAGAUGUCAGAAGAGAUAUUGGCUUUAGUGGAUGAAUUUCAACAGGCAUGGCCUCUGGAAGGCUUUGGGGGCGCACUAGAGAUGAAAGGACGGCGUCUGGACUUGCAAGGAAUACGUGUACUGAAAAAAGGUCCCCAGGAUGGAGUGGCCAGGAGCUCUUGCUAUGGAGACUGCAGAAGUGAAGACGAUGAGGCAACAGAAUGGAUCACAUUCCAAGUGAAACGUGUAAAGAAACCCAAAGGAGAUCAUAAGAAAACUCCCGGGAAAAAAACAGAAUCAAACCAAGUAGAAAAUACACAUCGUUACCAAUCAAACCUGGAGAUCACUGGCCCAAAGGUGGCAUCUCCUGGGCCACAAGGAAAGAAGCGUGAUUACCAGAGUCUGGGAUGGCCCAGCCCAGACGAGUGCCUCAAACUCCGCUGGGUAGAGCUGACUGCCAUCGUGAGUACCUGGCUUGCAGUGUCUUCAAAAAACAUUGACAUCACGGAACACAUAGACUUUGCCACCCCAAUACAGCAGCCAGCGAUGGAGCCUCUCUGCAAUGGCAAUCUCCCCACCAGCAUGCACACCCUGGACCACUUGCAUGGGGUUUCCAACAGAGCCAGCCUGCACUACACGGGGGAGAGUCAGCUGACAGAGGUAUUGCAAAAUCUUGGCAAAGACCAAUAUCCACAACAGUCACUUGAACAAAUUGGCACCCGAAUUGCCAAAGUUUUGGAAAAGCUGACAAUUCCUUUGCAGAACCAGACCUCCUGGGUGCUUUCUAGCAUGGCAGCCCUCUACUGGAGAGUGAAGGGUCAAGGAAAGAAGGCAGUUGACUGCCUCCGUCAGGCUCUCCACUACGCUCCACACCAAAUGAAGGACGUGCCCCUGAUCAGCCUGGCCAACAUCUUGCACAAUGCCAAGCUUUGGAACGAUGCCGUCAUAGUAGCCACCAUGGCAGUGGAGAUCGCACCACACUUUGCCGUGAACCACUUCACGCUGGGCAAUGUCUACGUAGCAAUGGAAGAGUUUGAAAAAGCACUGGUGUGGUAUGAAUCCACCUUGAAGCUGCAGCCUGAGUUUGUCCCAGCAAAGAACCGAAUCCAGACCAUCCAGUGUCACUUAAUGCUGAAGAAGGGACGGCGCUCUCCUUAGUGCACUCCUUCCUCGCCCUCUCUUUCUCUCAUGCUCUUAAAAAAAAAAAAAAAAGAAUCAGAAACCAA